AUGGGUUUCAGCUCUCAGUGUCCAGAUUCAAAGACUUCAGCAUCUGGUUUUGAAAUCAAAUUACAAGCGAGGAGAGGAAGAAUGAGCUCAACAAUUAGAGCUUGGAUUGUGGCUGCCAGUGUUGGAGCAGUGGAGGCAUUGAAAGAUGAAGGGUUGUGCAGAUGGAAUCAUGCUCUUGGCUUGCUGCAGCAGCAUGGCAGGACCAAUGUAGGGUCUUUUUCGCAGGCCAAGAGGCUGGUUUCUUCACCUCCUUUGGUGCUAUCUAAUAAGAUGAGAAAAGAGAAGAUGAAGAAGGCUGAGGAAUCCCUGAGAAAAGUAAUGUAUUUGAGCUGCUGGGGUCCUUAUUGA